GAGAGAUCCAGGAUUCUGGGUGUCGUUGUUCUUAAUUUACUCCUUAGCCGUCCCUCCGCCGAUGCUAUGAUAUGGAUUCUAGGGGAAAUGGCACGAACGCGACGCACCCCUUUCCCAAGCCCGUCUCGACAGUCAAUUAUGGGCCCGAACUAUUGGUGACGGUGUGGGUCGUGACUGGAUUAUCCAUCGUGGCUGUCGUCCUGCGGUCUGUGAGCAAUUAUAAAUUCGGCAAUUUCCAGCUCAGCGAUCUGGUGACGUUGUUUGGCUUGGUAUUGCUGCUUAUCGCCGCUGCGAUAUCCAAUGUAGCCGUUGACUUCGGAUACGGACUGGCGGCUGGAUCACAGGCACCGAGUCAUGAAUCCAACGCGCUCAAAUAUUCGGCCAUCGGUCAGGCCAUCGUCGUGCUGGCUGCGACGGCCGGACGCAUCGGCUUCAUUCUAUACUUGAUCGAGUUGCUCGCAGCUCGCACGCUGCAUAGGAUGGUGCUAUGGCUUCUGAUCCCGUUUCAAGUCCUCGUCAACGUGUUCAGUGUGUUCCUGCUCUUCUUCCAGUGCUCAGUCCACGUGGGAGAGCUAUUCCACCCGGGACAGCAAUCGCACUGUGAGUCCCUCGAUAUCCAGAUCAAGUACGGUUAUUUCCAAGGAGCAUUCAACUCUGCCUGCGAUUUCCUCCUCGCCGUCUUCCCCGUGUACAUGUUCUGGCGCUUCAACUGGACCGUCCGGGUGAAACUCGUACUCGUCUCCCUCCUGAGUUUAGGAAUCGUCGCCAUGGCCGCCUCCCUCGUCAAAACAAUCGAAUACCCAACCAUCAUGCUCUCGCGAAACCCACGCACCAACCGCGUCACCCUCCUCCGGUGGAUGUUCAUCGAGGCCGGCGCCGUGCUGAUCACCGCCUCGAUCCCCUGUCUGCGACCUCUCGUCGUGUACCUCUUCAAGCGAUUCAUCAAGCGCGCUCCCUUCCGACAGCAUAGCCGCAUCGACAAUACAGCCAGCACGCACAGCAUGGGUCUCAAUGCGGACACGAGCACCAGCCAGCUCAACCACGACUGGAAGGCGAGGUGGAUCACGCCGUAUAUGCAGCACGGUCUAGUGGGUGAGGAUGGUCUGGAAAGACACAUUUUGGCGAAUAUCACGACGCAUAUCUUUGCGGGGGAUAGGGAGUUUUUGGAUAGGCAUACGGGUGGUGGUAUCGUGAAGAAGGUGGAGGUCACGGUCGUGGCGGAUGAGAUCCCGCUGACGGAGGGGAAUGGGUUAUGA